CAAAUUACCUUCCAAGCUGUCAGAAGUCACGUCGCUGGAAAUUUUCUUGCACCCCAAAAAAUCCCUGAUAAAAUUCACACAAAGACUUUUGUGCGUUAUUUAAGAGGUGCUGGACACCUGUGACAUCAUCAUUGACCACCAUUUGUGCUGCAGGAAGUUCAUUUUGUGCUCCAAAGUGCAUUUUUCUCCAUAAUCCGGCAUUAGCCACUCAAGUGCAGUAAGAUAGUUGACGGUCCAUAAAGAAAAAAAACUGAUUCGGCGUUCAAAAUGGGAAAUGUCUUUGCGAACCUUUUCAAGGGGCUCUUUGGGAAAAAGGAGAUGCGGAUACUGAUGGUGGGAUUGGAUGCAGCUGGUAAAACCACAAUUCUGUACAAACUCAAAUUAGGCGAAAUUGUUACAACGAUUCCCACAAUUGGUUUCAACGUUGAGACGGUAGAAUACAAGAAUAUUAGCUUCACAGUAUGGGAUGUUGGUGGUCAGGAUAAGAUUCGACCACUUUGGCGGCACUAUUUCCAGAAUACGCAAGGUCUCAUAUUUGUCGUGGACAGCAAUGAUCGAGAGCGUAUUGGUGAAGCAAGGGAAGAGUUGAUGCGUAUGUUGGCUGAAGAUGAACUCCGAGAUGCCGUCUUGCUCAUAUUCGCCAAUAAACAGGAUCUGCCAAAUGCAAUGAAUGCCGCAGAAAUAACCGAUAAGCUCGGACUCCAUUCACUGAGGAAUCGCAAUUGGUACAUUCAGGCAACAUGUGCAACGAGUGGCGAUGGUCUCUACGAGGGUCUCGAUUGGUUGUCCAAUCAACUGAAGAAUGCCAAUCGCUAAAUUUAAAAAAAAAAUUGCGCAUACGGGAGAGAGACAUAUUUUUUCAGGACAUUAAUGUGUGUGGUGAAGAAGAAAAAAAAAGAUGAAGAAGAAGAAGAAAAGGAGGAAUAAAGUGUAAAAUUUUUUCAUUAUUGCGUACGCGCGGGGGGUUGAGUUAGAAGGCAGGGAGGGGGGGGCGGAUGUGGUGUGAAGAACAAAAAAAAGGAAGCGAUAAAAAACCCAGAUUAAAAAACAAUUUAGAAAAAAAAAAGAUUUAUAAGAAACCACUAAAAGAAAAUCAAUAGCAAAAAAAUGGAUAAAAAAAAACAUUUUUAUUGUUUAAUUUAUAAAAUGAAUGCACGGAAAGGACGCGAAGAGAGGAUUUAACGGCGAAAAUGGAUAAACUUAAAAGAAACAACAACACUUUAGAAGAUGGAUUUAUAUAGAAAUAAUAAAGAAAAAAAAAUAAAGAUACAGAAAUAUUUAAGUUAUAUAUAUAUAAAAAAAGUGAGAAAAAAGAGAAAAUAUGUGAGCAAAGAAAAAAAUAAUCAUUCACACAUCAAAAAAAAAGAAGAAAAGCAGAAAAAACAAAAUGAGAAAAAACCACACAUACACAUAACCAUAAAUUUGUGUAAAUUUUAAGGAUUAUUAUUAAAAAAAAUAAAAAUAUAUAAAAGGAUUUAGCAUUAUAUAAAAAUAUAAAAAUUAAAAACAUGAGAGAUGGAUUUUAUCAGCCGCCAGGUCAUUUUGAAGCCUUUUUAUUUUUCUUUUAAAACAUUUUCUUUUUUUUUUAAAUAAAGUAAAAUAAACAAAAAUUACGCGUGAAUAUGUAUACAUAUUUUUUUUCCAAAAAAAAUGAAAGAUUUUAUUGUCGUUCACUAAAAAAUGCUGUGUUUUCCGUAUUAUUCCAGUAUAAGAGAAAAAAAAGAAGUUAAGGGAGAAAUUAAAAAAAAAAUGAUGCGUAAUGGAAUAUAAAAAUUAAGAAUGAACAAUAAAAUAAAUUGAAAAGAAAAAAUAAUCGUUCAAGUGAUAUUCCCCCCACUUUCUGCAUUUUUUUUAAACAUUUUAUUUGUUCUAAUUCUUAGUCUGUUGCUACGUGUCCAGAAUGGGCCAAUCUUUUUUGUGCACACACCAAAAUAUUUGUACUUUUCCUUUCUCAAAAAACACUGCAAAUAUUUAAAAACUUAAAGAAAAAAAAAUGGAGGGCUUCUGAGCCUACUCCAUCCCUUGUCUAGAUAGGAAUCAUUAUUGACGUAAGAAAAGGAAACUCUAGGGCUUAACAUGUAAAAUGUAACAUUCAUUUGAAAAAGAAGAAGAAAUGAUUAGUUAAUGAAAAUAGUUCCACUUUUUACUAUAAUAAUUGAUUAAUAUUCCGAAAUAAAUAUAAGUAAUUGUAAAA